GGGAAAAUCCUGAACAAAACGACGGAGCAUAGCUCCUGAAGGCGUAAUUAUGCCAAAUAACGCAUUUACCUUCAUCUUUUUGUUGUUCAAAUGUUGUAAAAAACAAUCAGAAAUAAAGAUGAAUUUUCAUUCACCCUGCUGCCUAACCCUCUCUUGUUUGUUCGAAAAAUACCAAAUACACAAUCCAACGUUUUGUUCUGUUUGAUGAAUCUUUCAAAUAUCCGUUUCUUGAUUGUAGAAAACACUUGCUAACUACUGCCCCCAUUCAAUUGCUUCUUUGUCCCAUGUCACUGCUGUUGUCGUUGGUCCAGGAAGUGCACAUCACUUGUUUGAUAAAAUGCCCAGAAGAAUCUUGAACUUGGGAAUUAGUUUUGCACGGGUUUUAUGAUGGCCUAUAAGCAAGCAGAAAACCUUCUAUACAAGUCAUCAAAGUUUUUGAGAACCAAGCAAAACAGAAUAACGCACCUGAGAUUCUUGUCCUAUAGCUGCUCAGAAGAAUCCCAUGAGCAAGAGCUUUUUCCUGCUGAAUGGUAUGAGAAUACCUUUCUGAGGCUAAAGAAAUUAGCCCAGUCAUUAAAACAUGUGGACUUGAUUGAUGGCAGGCUGGUUAAAGUUAAUGAGGAUGCAAGAGUGUUUGAUAGGAAACUUGAAGAAAAGAUGCUUGCUUUCAAGUCGCUAGCAAGAGAUUAUAUUGGAUGUCCAGCUAUGCAGGAGACAAUGAGGACGAAUGUGGUGAAAACAUUUGGAGAUCCACAAUGUGCAUUACCUAUGUACUUUGGUAAAUCAAGUGAAAGAGGACCACUCACUCUGAAUUCCCUAACCAAAAUUUCAGACAUUUUGAAUGUUUCAGCUCAGCAAAGGAAGUUGGUGAGGCUUACAGUAUGCCCACAAGUGACUCAACAUCAGAUAUGGGCAGGUGCAUUGGAGGAGGUACUGAAUGAGUUGAGAUCUGAGAUUGAUUAUCGAAUUCAGGAGUGCCCAAGAAAGGAAAUCAAAAUGGCGCAGCAAAUAGUUGCCAGUUGCCUGAAGUUUUUAACCGCUGCCAUCUCUUACGAUCCUGAGUCCACUUCAUGGAUGCGUAUUGCUCCCACAAAAGUUGCAAAGUCGAGCGAUCACCACAAAUGGGAAGAUGUCCUGGAGAUGGUCAUUGAUCUUGUUAAUUGCUUGAAUGAUCAGGAGGAAUUUGUUUUACAUGUGAAAAAGCUUGAGUCGAUGAAGGAAGGUCUUUAUCAAAUCAGGGAUAUUUUGAUAGAUAAGAGUAUUGGGUACAAAGAAAGUCGGCAUCAAGAAAGCCUAGUGCGGAAGAAACUAACCAAGACAUUGGGUCAUCCAUCUCGAUGCCUAUUUACACUUCUAUUGUAUUAUCUGUACGGAAGCGUGCUAGAUAUUGAAGUAGAAGUUAGAGGAGGGUGUUACCCUAUUGAAGGUCAAAACCAGUUUUGCUCGUUUAUGGGGAAAAUUUUGACUUCCAAUGAGGAAAAUAUGGUUUGGGGUGGCGUGAAGCAGCUUGACAGGGCUCUUGGGCUGUUUAAGUUUGUGUGGGAGACGGCAGGGAUGAAAGGAGAUUUGAAGCUGCAAGGCCAUUUAUGGUGUAUUGGAGCUGAGAGCAGGACAGUUACAUACAAAGGGAAUACAUUCUUACUUCAUGGCAUUAAUUACCUUCCCAAUGGACUUGAUUAGGAGAUGCAGUUAAUGAUGUAGCCUCACAGGUGUUGUCAAAAAGAUGAUUUAAGAAUUGGGAAAGGAGCUUUUUAUUGCUGCAGGAGCUGAUUCUGGGAAUGAGAACAAUCAUAAUAUCCAUAUUCUGUUGGGACAAGGGCAGUAACUAAUGCAAACUGGUGAUACGGGAUAGCCUCGGAUGCUUUAAAUGUAACCUGCAAUUCAAUAAGAGUUUCUUGAAGAGGAUUAUGUGGCAAAAUAUUCACCAUUGAGUCAGGAAAUUUCCCAGCUCAUUAACUUUCAAUCUGAAAGCAUAUUGUUUGGGAAAUUUUCUCUAUAAUUCCGUACACACAUU